UGCAUGAACACACGUGCUAGCCUGGCCAGUCAGCCAGCUACUAUACCAACACAUCUCACACAAGAGGAGCAGGCGCGGAGACAUGUUGAGCUGCAUGCAGCUUACUAUCGUGACCACCUGGACACACCUGAUGUUAAUUGGGGCGAUGAGAACACCCAACGCGGCGUCAACACAGGCCUCCGGGGAGCAUCACAUGAUCAUGGCGUCAACACAGGCCUCCGGGGAGCAUCACAUGAUCUUGGCGACACGGUUACAUCAUUAGUUACAGAGUUCUUCGGAGGGGAUGUUAUUGGCCCAUCUUUUAUCCCCCCGGAGUCACAACCAUACGCCUACAAUUACGCUUCAGGUUCGCAACAAGGAUUCGCGACUCCACCACCUACGCAGGACUCGCAGACACAUGAAGCCGAAGUGGAGUACGGCCGCGGUCUUCGUGUGACCCAGCCACCUAAUCGCUUGUCGCCUUCCGGUCGUAAGGAAAGGCCAGGUGGUCGUCGUUAA